GCCGCCCCAAGGUCUUCCUGCUGCUCUCCAGUGCUCCCGGGGCUGUCCCCGAGCCUGGGGCCUUCCUCGCCAGCCUGGGCGAGCUCUGCGGCCGCCAUCCUCACUGGUCACUGCUGCAGCUGCUAACAGAGGUCUUCUCCAGGACAGCUCAAGAGUCGGCAGGGGCUGCCUACUGCCCGAUGCUUCGGAGCUCCUUGCGGGGGGCACUGUACCUAGGGAACGUGGAGCCCUGGGGGCCUGAGCCAGAGCCCAGCCCCAGCGCUCAGUAUGACCUGUCCGGGGCCAGGGCCGCCCUCCUGCUGGCUGUGACCCAGGGCCGGCCGGGGGCCCAGCAUGAUGUGGAGGCGCUGGGGGGCCUGUGUCAGGCCCUGGGCUUCAAGACUGCCCUGCGGACAGACCCUGCAGCCCAGGCUUUCCAGGAGGAGAUGGCCCAGUUCCGGAAGUGGCUGGACGCCCACAGGGGCCCCGUGAGCUGUGCCCUUGUGGCCCUCAUGGCCCACGGGGGCCCUCAGGGGCAGCUUCUGGGGGCUGACGGGCAAGAGGGGCAGCUGGAGGCGCUUGUGCAGGAGCUGAGCUGCUGUGGGGCACUGCAGGGCCGCCCCAAGAUCUUCCUGCUUCAGGCUUGCCGUGGGGGGCACAGGGAUGCGGGAGUGGGACCUGCAGCUCUCCCCUGGUUCAGACGCUGGCUGCGGGCACCUCCGGCCACCCCCUCCCAGGCCGAUGUCCUCCAUGUCUGUACUGAUGUGCAAGGCAACUCCUCCAGGGGCCCCACUCCAGAGAGCCCUAACCAAGCAGAUGUGCUGAUGGUCUAUGCAGCCACUGAAGGCUGUGUAGCCUAUCGGGAUGAGAAGGGCUCAGACUUUAUCCAGACGCUGGUGGAGGUCCUCAGAGCCGACCCCAAGGCAGACCUCCUGGAGCUGAUGACUGAGGUCAAUCGGCAGGUGUGUGAGCUGGACGUGCUGGGUCCCGACUGUGAUGAGCGCCGCAAGGCCUGUCUGGAGAUCCGCAGCUCUCUGAGGCGCCGGCUCUGCCUGCAGCACAGGAAGCUCGGCUGGCAUGGAAUAAACGUGGAGAUCGCUGGACACGUGAAUAGCGCCCGCACGCAGGGAACCAGGACAAUAAGCGAGAUGAUGUAUGGAGCGCCGGGCACUUCAGCGGCCGGGCCCACCGAGGGAAGAAGGGGCACCUCCGGGACUAAGAAACCCCCACGUGGGCUAGGCGGCGCUGGAUGACCUGGGAAGGGGCAGCCCAGGGUCCACAGCACACUCCCAGCACCCCCACCCCACCCGCACCGCACGCUGGGGCCGCGGACCGGGUCGGAUGGCAGGUUUAGUGGUGCUGCGAUAGGGGAAGCAAAGGGGCUGCGGGAGCAGCGGGCAGCCCCGCCCCAGCGUGGGCCUGGGGCUCGUGGGAGAAGAGAUCAGGAGUUCUCGGGACAGGAGGGGCUUAGUUGCGCGGCCACCUCAGCGGCGCUCAGUCGCGUUGCUCAGCUGCGGGCUCUGAGCCGGGCUCACCAGGAGUCCCGGGGGCGGGGGGCCAGACCAGUGUGCGCAUGCACAUUUGGGGCGGCAGUGCGCAGGCGCUUGCAAAAGGUUUAUGAGAAAAGCUGAGAGACCGUCCUGCGCAAGGCCGCGUGGCCUAAUGGAUAAGGCGUCUGAUUCCGGAUCAGAAGAUUGAGGGUUCGAGUCCCUUCGUGGUCGUUGCAGGGUUCAGUUUUCCUCCUUAGAUUUUAAUUUUCCGUGUCUCCCAACUGCUCCUUACGCAAGCCUAGGACCCUCUGGCUGUCAGCCACACUCCCUCCUGCCCCUCAGAUGCAUCCCUGAUGCUAAGGGGCUCGGGACCCAGAGUGAACCCUUGGGCACUGUGGGGAGACCUACGCUGAUCAAACCCGGGCGGACUGCUGACCCUGGAACCCCGGCCAGGAGUCCCAGGAGCCCAGGGGCGACUGGCUGUAUGAAUAUAGUUCAGAUGACUAGAACUGCGACAGAUGAGGGGUUUAACUUCUGUGGGGUGGCCCACCCUCAACGGGUCAGGGGCAUUAAAAAAUAUAAAAGAAAGAAAAACACAAGAGUAUUGUGAUGAAAAAGUUUUGGAAAUAGAUAGUAAUGAUGAUGGUUGUGCAAUACUGUAAAUGUAACUGAUGCCAGUAAAAUGUACACUAAAAAUGGUCAAAAUGGCAAAUUUAAUGUUAUGCAUAUAUUUAAACACUACAAAAUUUUUUAAAAUUAUAAUAGAUUAUUUCGAUUUCUUGCAGUGAAUAUACCCUUAAAUGAUUAGUGUGAAUGUAUAUUUAAAAUUUAAAUGUAAAGAAUAUGCCCAAGAUUGAGCCAUCAUUUUACCCAGAAAAAAUGACUGUCCCUGUGGAACCAA